GCUUCUGGGAACAUCUUCCGACUCAGAAAAAACCCGGAAUCAUGCCUGACGCCACCGUCAAAGCGCCCAAGAAGGGCUCAAAGAAAGCCGUCUCUAAGACCGCCGCCAAGACCGGCAAGAAGAGGCGUAAGAGCAGAAAGGAGAGCUACGCCAUCUACGUGUACAAGGUGAUGAAGCAGGUCCACCCUGAUACCGGCAUCUCCUCCAAGGCUAUGGGCAUCAUGAACUGCUUCGUGAGCGACAUCUUUGAGCGCAUCGCCGGUGAGGCCUCUCGUCUGGCUCACUACAACAAGCGCUCCACCAUCACUUCCAGGGAGAUCCAGACCGCUGUCCGCCUGCUGCUGCCCGGUGAGCUGGCCAAGCACGCCGUGUCUGAGGGAACCAAGGCUGUGACCAAGUACACCAGCUCCAAGUAAACACCUGAUGGAGACCAACAACACAAAGGCUCUUUUAAGAGCCACCCAC